CAAACACACGUCAAAACACUCGAAAGCCCAGGAUAAUCCCCAAACGUCAUUCAGAAGUUAAACAGCGCUGUGAACUGUUUAGAUUUACAACUCCCUGCAGGCCUAUUCUCCACAUAUCACGCAUCGACUCAUUUACGGCCCCCUACGGAGCUAUUCAAUCUUUAGAGAGUCAUUCGUGGUGUUUGAAGAGUCAUACUUUCCAACAUCACUACAGUCAUAUCUUAUAGCGUCUUAUUAGAGUAGCCGUACCGUUUAUUUGUUUUUGACGUCAAAGUGCGAUCAAAACCCCAUCUCAGAUUUGACCCUAACCGAGUCCUCGGCAUCAAUCUCACAUGAAGAUACUCAUCAACAUCCCGGCUUUAGCCAUUACACGCUCCACCAUCUACGUGACAAUUCUCAUUAUAGCCAACACAGCCAUUCUUUUGCCGUGGUCUGUCGUCUGCUUUCUCCGGUUCUAUGAACUUCUCAUUCCCAUCCCGGAAAUCAGAGUUCCGUUGAAUUUCAACUACCAGGUACUGUCACACAAACCGUUCGUGGUGGUAGACUUCCGGGAGCUAUUUGGCAACACAGACACAGGCAUAAACCCCGAAGUGGAGUACGAUUUGACCCUAAACAUAGACGGGUACUGCAGCAAUCCAAAUGGCCGCCCGCAGAUGAUUUCGCGGAAGGUGUCCAUUAUGAACGAAUGGGAGGUACGGAAGCUCGUGGCUCUGCGUGAGGAAGCGAACGACGACGGCAAUUGGCCCAUCAGUGGAAACCUAGCCCUCUCCAAGGCUAUCCAAUACCAACAGUCGCAGCUGUUGGUGAUCACAAAGAGCAACUUCUUCCAAGAGUUUUCCAAUAUCCGCUCGUUCAUGCUCCAUUGCGAUGCCCAGGUGCUCUAUGCGAUGAACCACCAAUGGGUGCCCCUGGCCUUCGCCCCCUUCCUUCCUGGCUACUUCCAGAGCCGAGAUCGCACGGCCAACCAUUUGCAAUUGCUCUUGUUGAAGAGCUUUGUAUUCAAGAACUUUUUGCUCCAGCGGUCCCGGGGCGAUCACCACCAGUUGGUGGUCGAGUUUGCCUCUAACGACGAGGGAAUCAACAUUGAAACCGCCGAGUUACUCUUCCAGGUCAACUGGACGGGCAUCCGGUAUUUUUUGUAUCAUUACCGGCUCACCAGUGCGGCCGUGUUCAUCCCUAUAUUCUGGAGCUUUUCCAGCCUCGGCUGUCUGUUAGUAGUUCUCUUCAUUUGGUUCAGGUUUGCUCCAAGUGAGACAAGUCAACAAAACCACACCGAAAAACCGGAAUUGACACCUCAGCCAGAGGGAGAUCUAGAGCUGGAGCUGCGCUAAUGACUUGAUAUUUUUCCGCGAAGCAAUAGAUAACUCGGAGACGUGAAAGGAAUAGUAAUGGAAGCUAAUGCUAUUAGACCGGAAGGAGGUAACUCGUAAGUGGUAGGCCAUAUUGGCGAUGUGAUUCGAUAAAUUUGUCAACCAACAAAUAACGGUGCAUAAAAGCUUUGUUGGAAUGUGGGAGGGGGACGGUGAGAAUUAUAUGAUUGUGUAGAGAAUAGGCCGGAUAGAAGUUUGGUUAUCUGUAACACGGUACCUGAUUUAAUGGC